AUGGAACCAGAACAACUCCAGACUUGCUCCUGGCUUCAAGCGACAUCAACGAGCAUAAUGCUUGACGAUCCUGGUCACAAACCAGUCAUUGAUAGUAUUACCAUCGGCAGCAAAAGCAUAAAAACGAAAGUGCCAACUAAGCUAUCAUGGAAAUUCAAGAGGGCCGAUUGGCCUAGAUUUACCCAUCUUUUAGAGAAUGAACUUCACGCAAGUUCCCUCAACUUCAACCAACACCCUGACAAACUUUGCACUGGUAUCACGAAUAUUAUGACCAGAUGUGCAAAGAAAACUAUUCCCCGAGGCAAGACUAAACACUAUUGA